AUGGCGUCGGAUACACCCAGCAAGCGCACGACGGAGAGCUUGAGCAGCUCAUUGUUCGAGCUAAAGUUUGAUUCAGGAGCGUCAGCGGGACCGUUUGGAAAGGGUUCAACAACAUCUCAGACGGAGAGUCCUAAUUUCCUGUCCCCGUUUCGUCAAACUCAUGCGGAUCGCCUAUCGGAACGUUUAUUCCCUUCGUUUGAUAACGCACACUCGUCUUUGCUGGGAAGCGGAACUGUGUUUACGAGCAACCAUGGGGCAUCAACAGACUUUGGAUUAGGUGGGAUGGUGGGAUUGAACGAGUUUCGAAACGACUCGGUUGUGCCUGCUGCAGAAGAACCACAAUACACCUUUCCCACGUCGGCAACCAACGACGAUGUAUUUGGACUCGGUGAUUUUCGGAAUGUCUUUGUGACAGACGAGGAUCUGGAAAGAGCUCGAGAGAAGCUCCCUGAAGAAGAUAUCAAAACGCCAGAGCAGUCUAUUCGGGAAAUGGUGGCGCAACUGCAAGUGUGGGAAGCCAGCCGGCCAGACGUAGAGGAAGAUGCUACGGAGGAAUCAAAAUUUGAAUCCGCGUCCAUCUGCUUUAACUUUAUUGAACUGGGUUUCGGGAAAGUCAUUGUGUCGUCGGAUGGUCUCUACUGGCUGGGCGAUCUGCUGAUACCUGAUCUGAUGAGAUCCGACGGUCACCCAGACAGUACAUCUGUCCCGGUGCAUCGAGAACGCCACUGCCUAUCCUGGAAAUACGAUAUCUUGUCUGAUGUGCGAUAUAAAUCUGUACCGGAAGACAAAGCAUUGGUCAAUUUCACUGUUUCAGAUGAGCAUUUCAUACAAUUUUCGUUUGUCAAUGAGAUAGUAGCGCAACAAUGCACGCAGCGAAUUGCGGAGCAGCAACGUCAUACAGGGCCAACAGAGAUACCCGAUCGUGUAGAAAACGUUACAGAAAGUGAAAUAUCUCCGGCGACCACAUCGCUGGUGCCACAAACUCCUGCUCCCCGACGAGUUUGGCGUAACGCAGUGGGCAUAGAAAGAGAGCUACACUCUCUAAGAUCGUCAACGCCAAUAAUCGUUGGUACCCGAAUGAGUGCGAACCCCGCAUUAGUUAGCCUUAAUAAGGAAUACAGUCAGCGGCGCGCCACAGCCCUGGAGGAACGUGAUCGCAUGGUAAAGAAGGCGGAAGACGAAUAUCAACAAAAAUUGUUGCAGCUGGAGGAAGAGUUUGAACAACGACAAGCUGAGUUGGAGCAGCUGUCAAUGAUUGAAAGCGACAAGGAACAUGAUGCAGGUUGGCUUAAAUUGUAUUCUGUUAAACCAAGCAGCAGACACUGA